AUGAAUAUAACAAACAACAUUAAUCGCGAAAAAAGAAAAAGACAGGAGGAAAUAAGUCAUGUUAUUAAGAAAAAAUUCAAAAAUUGGAAUAUGUUAAAUUCAUUCGAAAGCAAUAAUAAAAAUGAAAUCACAUCUUCUUCGUUCCGGACGAAGAAAGUACAUGUAAAUGAAUAUUUGCAAGAACAAGCAACAGAUAACAAUCUUGUAAAAAAUAAUGAACAAAUAAAAUUAGACAAAGUAAUUUCCAAUGGAAAAUUUAAUUAUACACACAAUGAGAAACAUUAUGGCAUAUGCAGAAUUAACAAUCUGGAUUUUACACAACAGAACGAAUCUCAAUCUUACUCGAAUGUUGGAAAAGGUGAGAAAGUGGCAAAUGCAAAUAUGAAAAAUGAUCCUAACUACAAGGAGACAACAAGCUUGAAGAGUGCAGGAAGAAAGCCAACAGGAGGUAGCCAAAUUAAAGGUAAUGAGAAGAGGGAAAAGAAGAAAAAAAAAAUAAAUAAAAUCAAAAGAUUAAGUGUAUGCAGUGAAAAUGACAAAGGAAAUAACGACAGCAUCAGCCGCAGCAUCAGCCACAGCAUCAACCACAGCAUCAACCACAGUAGUAACCACAGCAGUAACCACAGCAGUAAUCAUCAUUGCAAUGGUCGUGGUGAUCGAAGUGGUUGUAGUGGCACGCACAGUAUCAAUCAUAGCAACCAUGGCACUUCUGACAGCAGUUAUAGUUUGAACUCAAUGAAACCAAAACUCAGAAAGUGUAAUGAAGGAAAACAAAAAUCGAAAAGGAAUGACUUUCUAUGGGAGGGAUUACUGAAAAAAGAUGUUAUCCUACUUGUAAUUCAGGCCAUUAAAAACAUGGGAUAUAAAAAAUCUGCCAAAUAUUUAGAGUUAGAAAGUGGAAUUGAACUUGAGCAACCAUUAGUUAAAGAAAUGCAUAAAAAUGUAAUAGCAGGGAAAUGGAAAAAUGCAAUUAGCAAUUUAAAAAGUGCAAAUCUUAAUAAAAAUUUGCUGAAAGCAAUUUCUUUUUUAAUAUAUGAACAAUGUUUUAUAGAAUAUUUAUAUGAAGGAAAAUAUUUUGCUGCUUUGAGAUGUCUAAGAAAUAAGCUAGCCAAAUAUUGUUUUGAUGAAGAUACAUACAACAGAUUACAUCAGUGCACGACUUUUUUCAUGUCCUUAAAUAAUGUCCUUUUAGCAAAAAAAAGAAAAAAAAACUAUCAAGCGACAAUGAAGAACUCACGAAAAUUGCUGUUUGAAAAAAUAAAUCGAUUAUUACCUGAACACAUUAUCCUUCCCCCAAGAAGAUUAGCCAUUUUGCUGCAUCAGUCACUCAAGUACCAAGUAGAUAAUUGCUUGUUUCAUAACAAUUUUUCCGAAAUGAAACUUGCAAGCGUUGCUGAUGAGGUGAAAUAUUGGGAAGAGAGGACGCAGAAAAGAGGCCAACCCGGGAAAAAGCAAGCGGAACAGGAGGUUGCAGAAGAAGUGGCAGAAGAGAUGACAGAAGAAAUGACAGAAGAGAUGACAGAAGAAACGGCAGAAGAAAUGACAGGAGAAGAUGUGGUCACGGAAUUGAAUCUGAGCAGACACAAGAUGAUACAGGGUAAACUGCUAACGUCAGACAACUCUACUUCCAUAGGGAAGACACUCGAAUUGAAAAAAGAGAAGAAAGAAGAAGGGAAGCAAGUAGUUGACACAAAAAUUUUGUGUUCAAAGAAAAAAAAAAAUUUUGAAUCACAGGAUGAAGCGAAUUCAUGCAUGAGUGACUUUUCGAAGCACCAUCAAAAUGUGAAUAGUGAAUCAUCCCUGUACUACCACAAAGUGAAACUAAAAAGUGCCUUUGUAGACUCAGAGGUGCAAGAUGCAUAUUCCAGAUUGGACGAGUCAACUGUGGACAAACCUAUCUCUAACGAGCCCACAUCUAAUGAGCCAAUAUCUAGCGAACCCACAUCUAACGAGCCAAUCGAUUACAUGAACAGAACCGCGAUACUCUGGGACAGCGAAAAUAUUGCAGAAAAUCAAUUUAACGUAACAAGUGACAAUUCGUUCAUCAAAGUCACAAAGCUGUCAAACAUCUCAUUUACAGGGAAAGAAUCCAAAGGAGGAGAGAUAACCCAUUUCGAUUCUAACGAGAAAAACAACACACCAACAAUGAGUAGCAGAAAUACUAGCAAUGUCGAGACCACUCAGAUGUUCUCUAGCCCCUUGUCAUAUCAUAAGGAAGCCAUCGUGAAAAAUGGAAAAUCCAUGAAAUACAGAAAAUGUGCAAAAAUUGAAACAGACGAAUCAAAAAUUUGUUCAUUCAAUGUGUCCAGUUGCGAACAUGGGAAAAUCCAAACCGUAAGGGAGAAAUCCAAGAGUGAUCUCAUAAGUGAAAAACAAAAACUUAAGCAGGGCAGUAACCUGAAUAGUGUAGGAGGGGAGACGGUUCAUGUGGAAGAAAAUGAAGAAGAAAAAGGAGAAGAGGAGAAGAAGCAGCAGGAGCAGGAGCGGGAAGAGGGAGUGGGCGUUAUUCCUUCCAAUUCAGAAUUUCUUAGUGAAGAAGAAAAGGGCUUAAUUGCAAAGGAGGAAGAGGGAUGGAGGAAAAGAGUCAAGGGAAGAGGAGCGAUCCCAAACGAAGGAUCAACUGGAAAGACAUAUGUAAGUAUGGAACAUAAUGGAAGAAUCGAAUUCCUUGGGAGAAGCGAAAAGAAUGGAGAGAAAUUAAGUCUAAAGAGAAGAAAAGAAUUAAGAAAGCAUGAGAGAGGGAAUAGCAAUAAAGGAUGGGAAACAAGAUCCAAACUUCUAUCCCUAUCAUUACUAAAAAAUCAUGAAUGCAAGAAAAUAAAACUUCCUUACUAUUGCAUAAAAAUAUUACAAGGGCAUAGAGAUGAAGUAUGGUAUGUAAAUGUAUCAAGGAAUGGAAAAUAUAUUGCAUCGGCUAGCAAAGAUAAGAGUAUAAUUUUGUGGAAGGGAAUAUACCCUUUUAAUAAAUUAAGAGAAUGGAAUGGUCAUAUGGAUGGAGUAAGUUAUGUGAUAUGGAGUAAUAAUAGUAAAUAUUUGGUAUCAGGUUCUAACGAUUCUAAUAUUAUAAUAUGGAGUCCCAAAAGUAAUAAAAAAAAACUAAUGUUAACAAUGCAUAAUGGUCCUAUUACAUCAAUAUGCUGGUCAAAAGACGAUUCAACAAUCAUAUCAUCUGCAUUUGAUAAAAAAAUAUAUUGCACAAAAUUGAAUAAAGAAUUAAAAAGUUUUUCUGUUCUCUAUGCAUGGUCUUUUAGCACAAGAAUACAAAAUUUUGUUUUCACAAAUAAUGAAAAGUAUCUAAUUGCAGUCCCAUCAGAUAAAAAUGUUCGUGUUAUUGAUUACACAAUAAAAAAGGAAUUAUAUAUUUUACCUGAAUAUGACACAAUCACAUCUGUAUGUGCAUCUAAUUUAUAUAAUCAUAUACUUGUUAAUAUAGCUGAUCAUAGACCAACUAUUAAAUUGUGGGAUAUUAAACAUAGGUAUAUUAUACAAACAUAUAGAGGACAUAAGCAAGGUAGAUUUAUUGUUCAUUCUACAUUUGGUGGAAAAAAAGAAGAUUAUGUUAUUAGUGGUAGUGAAGACAGCUUAAUAUAUAUAUGGCAUAAGACAAAGGGGUAUUUAUUAGAUGUCAUAAAUGGCCAUGCUUCUACUGUCAGCAUUGCAAUAUGGCCACUUUCAACUACCAAAUUUCCAUAUAUGGUAUCUGCUUCUGAUGAUCAUACCAUAAUGGUUUGGAAUAUCCAGCCAAAAGUAACCACAAUCAAGCACACACAUCCACGAAGAAAAAAAAAAAAAUUCUCGCAUCCCUUCCUGCUUGAACUCACGAAAUUUUAG